CUUCAACUCUUCCACCACUUCUUCCUCCCUCCAUACUCUCUCUCUUCCCCUCCUCUCGCAGUCAUUCUUCCUUCUCUUUGUCCCUUCUCUUUUUUUCCCCCCCCUUCCACUCCCGCCCUUCCCUUCUUUUUUGACUCGGUUCCAUUUAUAUCAUCUAUACAACUCUCAACCGUCCCCACCGUCCCGGCCAUGCUCUAACGAGCCUCCACCUCUCGUUCCUCCCGUCUCCCUCCCCUUACGUGUUGGGCAGUCAGAUGGUCCUUGCCGCCGUACAUCGUGCCAACCACUCUCUCACCACCUCCGGUUGCCUCUCGGAUUGUAAAUCCCUUGGCACAUUCGGUUGAAUGAUCCUUCCAAGUCCUCCGUUGGUCCUCUUCGGAUAAGACCCCGACUCCUUAUCUUCACACCAAACGCGUCUUCGAUCAUCCACCUCCCUCUCGUGGCAUAUCAACCAACCCCCCCACCUCCCAACACCGGACACUCACCCAACCCAACAUGGGUGAUCACGAACAAACAAGCGGCUUUGGCCACGAACAAUCCGACAGUGCCAUAGGACAGUUCUCUUUCGCCCCCGCGACCCGGACCACCGUCGUCACCACGACCACCACCACGACUACCACCUUUCCUCCGUUGUUUAUCAAUCCCCCUCGCGCCACCCGGGAUCUGGAUCCCAAACUAUACCCCCUAGCCUCCUCGCCCACCCCGUCGGCCCUGAGAAAUGUCAAGUUCGACCUGGGAGGACAGUCGGUAGUCUACAACGAGCCCGAAGACACGGCGGACGCGGUCACUGAGUUACGGGAAAAGAAUGAAGCCUUGAGGGCCUCCAACGGUCUCGUCCGAUCGGUAGCGUCGUUUACCUCGGACGGGACCCAGUUACCCCGACGCUCCGCCGCGCCCAAGCCGUCGAACUGGCCAGCAACACUCCCCUCGAUCUCGAAACGUCGCUCGUCUCGACUCCCCGAAUCCCAGCAAGGUUCAUCGCGGUUCCGCGUGCCCUCGGAACCUUCUCUACGCUCGAUCCGCUCCCUCGGCCCGACACCAACCCAUUCCGUCGCUCCAGGUUUGGCCACCCCGGAGACCGAAAGCAGUGCGUACAUGACCGGCGAGGUCGCGGUCCCCCGGCGUCGGAUCCACAGCGUCAAUACCCCUCGUCGCGAGACGCUCCUCCGUUCGCCGCUAUCCUCCGAGGUGGAGUCCCAGGGACUUGCGCCCACCCUUGCGGACGGGAAGAAGGCGACUGUGCCCGACGACCGAACAGGCCACCUGGAUCGUCAGGAGACCGACGGCAGCCAGUCAACCGUCCAGGAGGACGCAUCCGAGAGCAAGACCGAUGAUCUCCCGGACAUGACGGCAACCCAAGAUACCGGAUAUGCAUCACAGGAGCACGCCCCGCCGGUGUCCGGCGUUAGUCACGUGGCCGCCCAGGACAUGUGCCUGCCGAGCCCCAGCUUGUCGCCGGUGGCGGCCAUGAAUGCCCUGCACGCGGAUUCGUCGUUCGAAUCGGCCGAGGAUCCCGAGCUGGACACGGACUCGAGCCUCGACAACGAUCGUCGCGUGUCAAGUUUGGUGCGCCGCGACGCGUCUCCUGACCGGAAAUCGGGCGGUUUGGCGGCCGGUCCUAGUGGUCCAAAACCCGCCUCGUUGAUGGACAUCCCAGGCGUGCUGGACUUCUUCGAUACGGUUCCCGACGGGAUGAAGACGUACCUCAUGUACCAACUCCUGAAGCGAUGCCCCAAGCCCACGUUGCACUUUGUCGCCGACGUGGUCAAUCCCGCCUUGAAGUGUGACUUCUUGGCUCUCCUCCCGCUGGAGCUGAGCCUCAACAUUGUCAAGUACUUCGACGUGCAGACCAUGUGCCGUGCCUCCCAGGUCUCCAAGAAGUGGCGCCACAUCGUCAACUCGGACGAAAAGACGUGGAAGGAGCUUUUCGAUCGGGACGGGCAUGUCCUGCCGGAGGGAGAGCUGGAGCGCGCCAUCCGCGAGGGCUGGGGCUGGCAGUUCCCCAACGGCGACGAGGACUGGGAGAAGGACCUGAGCGGGUCGGCGUCCAUCCGACUCGAGUCAGAGCCGACCCCGCUGUCGGGCUUCUCAUCCCUGGCGGGCUCCGGGGACCGCGCGUCGACCCGUCGACCCAAGCGCAAAGCGUGCACCCGGGUGGUCAGCCGCAAGCUUGCGAAGCGGAAGAUCUCCUCCAGCGGCACCGACCAUUCCGACUCGCCCGAUUGGCGGCAUCACGUCACCGCCGCCGAGGGCCCCUACGCCGCCGCCAAUGCCGCCGCCGCCGCCGUCCCGUACCCGGACAUCGGGUUACCGUCCCUCCGCGGCCUCCACCUCUACAAGUCGCUCUACCAACGGCAUCACUCGAUCCACAAAGCCUGGAUGGCCCCCAGCGCCAAACCAAAACACAUCGCGUUCCAGGCGCACGACCGUCACGUGGUCACCUGCCUGCAGUUUGACACGGAUAAGGUGCUGACGGGGAGCGACGAUACGAACAUCAACGUGUACGACACGAAGACGGGGGCCCUGCGGGCGACCUUGGAGGGUCACGAAGGCGGGGUGUGGGCCCUGGAAUACCACGGCAACACCUUGGUCUCCGGAUCCACCGACCGGUCGGUGCGGGUGUGGGAUAUCGAGCAGGCCCGAUGCACGCAGAUCUUCCAGGGUCACACCUCCACCGUCCGGUGUCUGCAGAUCGUUCUGCCCGUGGAGGUGGGACGCAAGGCCAACGGCGCGCCGGACAUGAUGCCUCGGGAACCGUUGAUCAUCACGGGCUCGCGGGAUUCGAAUCUCCGGGUGUGGAAACUGCCCCGGCCCGGUGAUCCCGGCUACUACCAGAGCGGACCGCACGUGGACGACACCGACUGCCCGUACUUUGUCCGCGUCCUCGCGGGGCACCACCACUCCGUCCGCGCCAUCGCGGCCCACGGCGAUACGCUGGUGAGUGGCAGCUACGACUGCACCGUGCGGGUCUGGAAGAUCUCCACCGGUGAGACGCUGCACCGUCUUGAAGGUCACAGUCUGAAGGUCUACAGCGUGGUCCUGGACCACAAGCGGAACCGCUGCAUCAGUGGGUCCAUGGACAACAUGGUCAAGGUGUGGUCGUUGGACAGCGGGACCCUGCUGUACAAUUUGGAAGGCCACGCGUCGCUCGUCGGCCUCCUCGAUCUCAAGUGCGACCGACUCGUCUCGGCGGCCGCCGAUUCCACGCUGCGGAUCUGGGAUCCGGAGAACGGCCAGUGUCGGAACAUGUUGAGUGCCCAUACCGGGGCCAUCACCUGCUUCCAGCACGAUGGGCAGAAGGUGGUCUCGGGGUCGGACCGGACGCUUAAGAUGUGGGAUGUGCGCACCGGGGACUGCGUCCGUGAUCUCCUGACCGACCUCAGCGGCGUGUGGCAGGUCCGAUUCAACGAUCGACGCUGCGUUGCGGCCGUGCAGCGCGACAGUCUGACGUACAUCGAGGUGCUCGACUUUGGCGCGUCCCGCGACGGGGUCCCGGACGAUCAGCUCGGACGACGAAUCAUUGUCAACCGAUGGGGACAGGAAGUGAGCGAUGUAGACGAAGACGAUGACCUCUCUGACGCCUGAUCCAUCGCCCUGGACCGCCGUUUGACGUUGGUUUACCGAUAAGACUGUCCAUUUGGAAGCCUCCGGCAAACUCCUUCUCCCUUUUUUCCUCCCCUUCAACCUUAUACUUCUUGUCGAUUUCUUUUCCACGGUCAUGAAACAUGCACGAUACCCCUACAUACCAACUUUUCUUUUUUUUUUAAUUUCUUUUCUCUGUUUCAACGCAAGGACAUGCAUAGCGAGGCGGCACCUUUGACGUGGUAUUAUGAUGGGCCGGCGUUCUGGC